AACUUUGCAACUAAGGAAGGUGGAAUCACAGGGUGCAUAGUUCUGCACUUCGCAGAGACGGAGGGUGCUUUCUAGACACAGGGGGAUCUUUACAGAAGAGGGAGGGAGGGAGAGAGGGAGAGAGAGAGAGAGAGAGGGUCGGGGGGUAUGGCUCUUUCGGCGAGGCAGAGGCGACCUCUGCCGUCGGAUCUUUCAUCGACAUCGCGGCUGCGGGCGGAACCAUACUCGAAGGUGGACAAGGCGGGGAAAUCGGGCGGCGGGGAAGAGCAGGACAAGGGGUUGGGGUGGCUCUUGCCGUUGAUGUCUCUGGGGAUUCUGAGGUACAUGAGCGCGACCACCAACAUCAUCCAUGACUGUGAUGAGGUCUUCAAUUACUGGGAGCCUCUCCACUACCUCCUUUUCAAAUCUGGCUUCCAAACUUGGGAAUACAGCUCCCAUUUUGCACUUCGAUCAUAUUUAUACAUCAACUUUCAUGAACUAGUGGGUAGACCGGCUUCCUGGUUGUUCAGUGAGGAGAAAGUCAGAGUAUUUUUUGCUGUAAGGAUUUUCCUUGGUUUUCUCUCUGUAAUUGCAGAUAGCGUCUUGAUUGUUGCACUUUCCAGGAAGUAUGGAAAACGCAUUGCAUCUUAUGCACUUGCAAUGCUAUGUCUAACCAGUGGUUGUUUUUUUGCCAGCACGAGUUUCUUGCCGAGCUCAUUCUCUAUGUAUGCCAUCAGUCUCUCAUCAGGAUUAUUCCUUCUUGAAAAGCCUGCUAUGGCUGUUUCAGUUGCUGCUGCUGGUGUUAUCCUUGGGUGGCCAUUCUCAAUCUUGGCCUUUCUACCUGUCACAUUGUACUCUUUAGCUAGAAGAUUUAAACAAGCAUUUCUUUCAGGGGCAGUUACUUCUGUUGCUCUUCUUAUAUUCUCACUUCUUGUUGACUACUAUUACUAUAGAAGGUGGACAUCGUCUAUUUUGAAUUUAUUGGUAUACAAUGUCUUAGGAGGCGGUGAGAGUCAUCUAUACGGGACUGAAGGGGCAUUGUAUUAUUUAAGGAAUGGAUUUAACAAUUUCAACUUUUGUUUCAUUUUUGCUUUACUGUUCUUGGCUAUUUUGCCAAUUGUGAAGAGGAAAUAUGCCCCAGAUCUACUGGUCGUGGUUGCACCUAUUUAUAUUUGGCUGGGAUUCAUGUCCUUGCAGCCGCACAAAGAAGAAAGGUUUCUGUAUCCAAUAUACCCACUUGUUUGUGUUUCUGCUUCAGCCGUAAUCGAGAGCUUUCCAGAUUUUUUCCGAGACAAGUAUACUCCCAGUGAUUCUUCUCUUCUAGUAAAGAUAGUCAAAUGUCUUCGACCUGUGGUACUCGCUAUGAUUUUAUGCGCCUCCCAUGCUCGUACAUUUUCCUUGAUUAAUGGUUAUGGUGCUCCUUUGGAGAUUUACAAGCACUUAGAGCACCAUGAAGAUGUCGGAAUGGGCCUCCCAUAUAAUGCAGGCUCUGUAGUUUGUGUUGGAAGUGAAUGGCACCGCUUCCCGUCAUCGUUUUUCAUUCCUGAUUAUGUGGCUGAAGUUCGAUGGCUUGAUGAUGGGUUCAGAGGGCUCCUUCCAUUCCCAUUUAAUUCUUCACUGGGUGGGACUUCAGCGGCACCGCCUUAUUUUAAUGACAAAAACAAGGCAUCGGAUGAGCAAUAUCUCCGAGAUCAUGAAGCUUGUACUUUCCUUGUUGAGUUACAGCUUCAACGGCCUUACCCUUCUCGAGGGAGUGACUUAUCCACGUGGGAGGUUGUUGCGGCGUUGCCUUACCUAGACAGGGACCUCUCCCCUCCCAUGUACCGAUCGUUCUUCAUCCCCAACCUCUGGCAGCAGAAGAAUGUGUUUGGCAUGUACAAACUGCUUAAAAGAAUACGAACAUGACAAGUUUCCCCCAUCUGAUUCUUCCAUGUUUCAACAUUUGAAGGAGUGUAGCCCAUUGUGUGUACAAUUUUGUUGGACAUUGGUCCCCUCUCUGUGAGUGACGUUAUAACAGCUCGGCUUUUCCUCCUUUUCUCCUCUUACCCGGGUUUCCCACCAUUUACACGUGUGUUAGGAUAAUUGACCUGUUGCAUAUGUUCUAAUGAUAGGGUUUAAUUUUGAGGCUUUAGUGAGUGUUUUGAACUUGACACUGUGCUAUAUGAAGGGGGUAAUAUGGAUGGAGUUUGAUCUUCUUUGUAUUA